ACAGUGACGUGUCCGCUAUCUUUGCUUUCCUCACAUCGCAGCAAAACAGACGUCACGCUCUUCCUCCAUUUCUCUCUCGCGCAGAGCUAAGUUAUGCUCUUCUUCUCGGAAUUCAGAUCCUAGGGUUUCGUUUCCUUUCCCUCUUCUUUCUCAGAAGUUAAACCCCACCUAAGCCUUCUCAAUCCUCUACAUUUUGCCUCUUCGCUUUCCACAUUUCACCUCCAUUAUCAAUUUCUAUAUUCCAGGAAAAUCUAACUCCUCUGGACCUGCCACAUCAAUCAAUUCAUGGCCAAAACCAAACCAGGCAAAAAAGACCUCGAUUCCUACACUAUCAAAGGCACCAACAAAGUUGUUCGACCUGGUGAUUGUGUGUUGAUGCGCCCAUCGGACUCCGAUAAGCCUCCCUACGUCGCACGAGUUGAGAAAAUUGAGGCCGAUCAUCGCAAUAAUGUCAAAGUCCGUGUCCGGUGGUACUAUCGGCCAGAGGAGUCCAUUGGUGGCCGCCGUCAAUUCCAUGGGGCAAAAGAGCUCUUCUUAUCGGACCACUACGAUGUGCAAAGUGCACACACAAUUGAAGGCAAGUGCAUCGUGCACUCAUUCAAGAACUACACUAAGCUUGAAAAUGUUGGAGCUGAGGACUACUUCUGUAGAUUUGAAUACAAGGCUGCCACUGGUGGGUUCACCCCUGAUCGGGUAGCUGUGUACUGUAAAUGUGAGAUGCCAUACAAUCCAGAUGAUCUAAUGGUGCAGUGCGAGGGUUGCAAAGAUUGGUUUCAUCCUUCUUGUAUGGGUAUGACAAUUGAAGAAGCCAAAAAAUUGGAUCACUUUCUGUGUUUUGACUGUUCCUCUGAUGAUGAUGCCAAAAGGACUUUGAACGCUUUCCCAGUAUCACCAUCUGUUGAGGCCAAGGUGAACAUUGUGUCCCAUCUCCCUAGUACAACUACAGCUGGAGACAAAGCGAAGGAAGAGAUGACAGAUAAUCAUGAUGGGUGAUUGGGAGGUACUUUUUCUUGCACAUUAGCUGCAGUGUGUUCUUGUUGCUUGAUGUUCAAUUAUACAGUGCUGAUAAGAUAUUAUGCUUGCACAAGCAAGAGGCUCUUCUUAUUUAUAAUUUUCUAGUGUUUGUUCGUGCGAAUGGUCUUAGGAGAUGAUCUGUAGUGCCUAAUGAUGUCCUCGUGAGUGCUGUGCCAAAAAUUGAAGUGUCUUUUUUCUUUUCUGCUCCUAAAAUGAUGAUGAAUCAAAUUAAAUGUCUCGUGAACCUUGGGUUUGUUAUGGUAUAUGCUAUAUAUGUGACAAACUCAUUCUGUUCUUCCUUUCUUCUUCCCUUAAUCACAAGGGACGUGGAAAGAGGAGUUGGGUUUUAGCAAGAGAUGUAACAGUCGACUUAAUCCAGGCACUGCUUUGGACUCAAAUCUUCAUGUGGGGUGAUUUGUUGAUGUAGAUGAAGGCAAAUACCACUUAGUCUCAACGUCCAAGGGUGGUUAUGGUUUUCUUGUUCCUUUUUUCAUUUUUUUCUUUUUGUAUAGAUGGCUCUGGACAAAUUUUUGAGCCAGUGUCCCAAUUCUCUAGUUGCCAAGUCUUCUGAAAUUUUGAAUCACCUGUUGAAAGCUAGCUGAUUGAAUGUGGGAUUUCCUCUAUUGAGCAGAGCUGCUGAUAGCCUUGCCGAGGGCAUCAACUGUUCCGUAUGAAUAUAUAUGAAUAAACCAUAUUUGUAGGA